UCCGUCUCUAUCCUUGCAUGUUUGCCUGUUGCUUUGGCGUCUGUCUGUCUGUCUGGUUGUCUAGCUGUCUGUGUUUUGUCUGUUAGUCGUCUUUUUUUUUAAUCAAUUUUUUUUUUCUUUUUUCUUCACAACCUCCUCUUUUUGCGUCCAAUGUUAUCCUGCCCACCUUUUUCGUACGUUGAGCUUUGCGUCCGGCCAGCCAGGCAUGCAUGUCCUGACCCGUCUCUUUGCUUGAAAAGUCGUCAAGGAAGUUCAAAGGAGGAAAAAAGAGAGGAACUAAAACAACGGUUCGGCGAGUUGAACCCCAGCCAGUCCUGCCUACUUUAGGACCGGACCACCUUUCACCUCGCCACGUUCACGAGGGAGUUCCCGCUUUUUCAUUUUCAAAAGAGAGAAAGCCUUGCCUCGUCCCGGUCCCGGCACGAGCUAACCUUAGCAUCUAUCAUCGGUCCCCGCCUUUCACGUUUUAUUUUUUUAUUGUUGUUGUUAUUUUGUUUUCCACACUCCCGCCCGUUCUUCCACCGUCGAACUUCGUCAUUACCAAACGCUACGCUAGUUUCCCAGCGGAUAGUGACAGGGACGACAUCAACAGCUGCAACAGAUAAACUCUCGGGAACGAGUAUCGAAGCCAGUCAGCUUCUAGCUUUUCAAAGGAGUAGCAUUGACAAUAUCACUACUACCAGAGAAAGGAACUGGCAGCCAUAUCGAAACCUUUGACCCAUGACAUACCGUUGUCUAUCGUUACAAUACGCCAUCACGUCAGCAGCAGCCAAGCCAGUCGGUUGACAUUACACCCAAAAAAAAGAAAAAAAAAAGACCUCAACUUGGCCCUGGAUUGAGGAAUUGCAAACCCCAUCGAUCUCAACCUGACCUUUUUUCUUCUUCUUUUGGUGCGUCGUGUGCACUUUUCUCAGCUACAUCAGUCUUCGUGGCGUGGCGUUUCUGCUCCCUCGUUUCGCCCAAGACACAAAAAUAAGCGAAUAGACAGGACGGACCAGCCGGCACACCCCUACCAAGGUUCCUCCCGUGUCCCUGUCCAAGGUCCAAUCCUGCCCAACCUGGAUCUGGUUUGGCUUCGACUGGGGUUCCCACUCGCACGGCACGCACCCCCUCGCCGUCAGCCAGCAGCAACAAAGACGCACGGGGUCGCUUCAGCAGCGGAGCCUGUCGACUUUAAAUUCGGCCCGCGCGCACCGACUCUUGACUUCUUCAUCAAUCAUCAACAUAGACCACAGACCUUGCCAGUCAGUGUCGGUCACAUAAGGUUAGGUCAGGUCAGCCAGAGUCAUCAGCUUAACAAGCAGUACAGCAUCCCUGCUUGGUGCUCCUGAAGCUCUGUUAUUACUUUACGUCCCUGCCUCAAAUCUUAACCUAAGGCUGUCGGCUUGUCAUUCUUAAAACCAAGCCAGGAUUCCCACGACGCGCAGUCAGCGUUCUGGCAACCUCAGUUCUUCACCACCGUAGCAUGGCCGAUGACCUUCGAAGACGAGGGCUACAACCCCGCGAUCCACGCGACGACUCACAGUAUUCCAAGCAAGAAGACGACGACAGACUAAGGACUCAACCACCGCAACACCAUCGUUCCAACGGAUCCAACAUGGCAGCCGCCGGUCCCAUCACCCUUCCGUCUAUCCAUGACUACCCUCCCACUGCCCAAAGGGGCCCUCCUCCACCCCACGACCAGCCGCGGUCGGCGUACUCGCUAUCUCCUACCGACAGCGACAAUGGUCCCCCGCCACCCGGGCAAGCUUACCACCUCCCACCAGUACAUGCAAUCGACGGCAGGGGUCCACCACCACCGCCGCCUCAAGAUCCGAGGCAUCUCCAAGCCAGUCAUCGACCCGCGCAGGCCGAGCCAAGGAAUGGCUAUUACCCUGGACCGCCACCACCGCCACGUCAGGGUGGCUACCCACAGGAUGGUGGUUACGCUCCGGUUUACACCUACCAUCAGGGACCGCCCGGGGCCAUAAUGGGACCUUUCGACUACCGCAACGUCCCAAAUGCUCAACAGGCCAGCGCGCCCAGACAGCGGACUUCUAUUGCUUGCCGUUACUGCCGGAAGCGCAAGAUCCGCUGCAGCGGUUACCAAACCACGGCCGAUGGAAAAUGUAUGAACUGCAAAAAGACGGGCAAUGACUGUGUUUUCCAGCCAGUUUCAAGUGGUACGACCGCCUUCGUGCCCGUCUCUGCUAUCCCUGGAGGUGUCGCACCUGGCACACAACUAUUUGGUGCUUUUGGACAGCCUUUGGGGCCUCCUCCAGGCCCCGGUGGUCCUCACAAUGGUCCGCCGCACCACCUGCAGCCUCCGCAUCCGAUGCAGCAGCCACAUCAGAUGCAAACUCCGCCUCAGAUGCCGCUUCCCUCCCCGACUGGAAGCUACUACGACGAGAGAAUGGAGGGCAGCAGGAGGAGGCCUCGUGGUCCUGAGGACGACCACCAGCAUGGACCACGCCUGCCACCUCCUCACCCUCAUCAGCAGGAAGAGGACCCUCGUCGACGGUCCCCUGCCUCUGCACAGAGCAGCACCCCGCCAACUGUCUACCACGCCUACUCACGCAACGACAGCAGCACCCCGCCGACUGCUCCCUACCAUCACCAGCCGCAUCCGCUCCAGCAUCUCCAGCACCAGCAAGCGCCUCCUCAUCUUCAGGCUCACCACCAGCAGACCGAUCGUCCCAUGCCCGGUCACUAUACCCGUCGCGAUAGCCCGGGUGCCGCACCGCAGCCCCCGCAUAUCCAGCAGGGCCCUCCGCCUCCACCGCAGGCUCCGCGACAGCCCUCACCUCACCAGGCUACUUCGCCUUCUUCAAAGGGCAUCAUGAGUCUGAGCGCCCUUAUCGAUCACAAGUCUGGCCCAUCGAGCAGCGAUCCUCGGGGCAACAACAUUGACAACUCAAUGCUCGGACGACUCAACGGCCGGCGCUAGAGGCAGCCUACCCCUAGAGAGUCAAACCUGGCCCCACACUGCAGAGCCGAUACCCGCCGUUGAAGCUGUGCCCAAGCGGAAGCAGAAGGAGCCGAGCGAUGCAUGCAUAGCAGCAGGCGCACCUAGGAAGGGACGACGUAUCUGAUGAUUUUGCUGCAGGGGAAGUUCGGAGGAAAAGAGACGGGACCAACAAGUGCCAGAUUUCCCCUGAGCAGUCCAUUACUUCAUACCCAAAUUGCAUCAAACUCAUCCCAUGUUCGCCGAACGACGACUCGAGACAGUUCAUCACCGACCGAGGCGUUGAAGGAGGCCCGAAUUACACAGACGGAGAGCAGAUUACACACGACUUUCUUGUCAAUUUCCCAUUUAUCUAGUUGUCACGCCCUUGUGCUUUAUGACGAGCACUACGAUUCCCCCUUUCGUUUUUGUUUCUAUUUAUUUUGUUAAGGCGGAGGAGUUUGACAACAAAAAAAAAAAAAACGUUGACUCGAUGAAAAGAGUUGAAUCGCCUCACGGCGCACCGCCGGGGUUCGGUUGAUGAUGUAAAGCCCCUUGAAUUUUCUUGUUCUAUUUUUUUCCUUGGUGAUACCAGAGCCAAAGAAGCUGAGCGAUCGCGCGCGUUUUAUUCCAUCUACAUUCUUGCUUGGAUAUUUUGGUUUAAUUGAUUUAUGGUUUGGGAGGAGGGUUCUUUUCUUGUCUCUAUUUGUUCUUCUCACCAAUAUGUAACCCACGGUGUCCUUGCAGUUCUCAUGGUGGAAUUUGUUACUUUUCGGGAUAUCCCAACAGGGCUCAACCUGUUAGCAACUACUACUUACGUUUUUCUGUCAUAUUCUGUUUGGAUGCUAGCAGGCGUUUUACUUUGAGCGCUAGCCAAGAAUGUUGAAUUUCUUUGAACAAAAUAUCAGAGCAAAGCUUUUAUUUUAUCUUAUUAUUUUUUUUAUUCAUGAGACGGGGGUGCAAGCAGUUCCCCCAAUGACUGAUGAUGUUUUCUCGAUCUCUCUUUUGGUUUUUCUCUUCGCACCUGGCUCUCUUUCCUAGAACAAAGCAGAUAAGGACAAAUUGUUUGAGCUUUCGAGAUCGGUAUCCUUGAUUGCCACCAUUUGUGUGUCUGUUUUUGGUUUGGCCGGUCUUUUCUGUCUGUUUGAUCCACGGCUUUUUUCAGUCUUUAGUAUCAGCCAACAUUGUCAGCGUUGAUCGAGCCUAUCUACUGUUCACUAGGAUAUCAUGACUAAAAAUUUCACUUGGAG